AUGUCUCAAAAGGAGAAAAAAAAGAAGGGCUUUCGGCAGAAACCGCCUCCCAUCCUCAAGUAUUUGCAGGGUAUCCUUCGCAAAUACCCAGAUGGAGGGCAGAUAUUAAAGGAGCUGAUCCAGAAUGCAGAUGACGCGGUUGCUGAAGAGGUGAUUUUACUCUACGAUGAACGGAGUUUUGGAACACAAAGUCUUUUCUCCGAUGGACUGGCAAGCACCCAAGGACCUGCGCUUCUGGCUUACAAUAAUGGCAUUUUCUCUGAGGAUGACUGGGAGGGGAUCAAAAGUCCCGGCAUCAGUCAUAAGGAAGAUGAUCCAUCUACUGUUGGUAGAUUUGGCUUAGGCUUCAAUUCUGUCUACCAUAUUACUGAUUUUCCAUCAAUUCUCUCUGGUGAAUUUUUGGGAGUGCUGGACACACAGCAAACAGCACUUGAGGAAGGAGGUCAGCUGUGGAGUAUAGAGGAAUGGGAGGAGGCAUCUGAUCAAUUCCAACCAUUCUGGGCAACACUGGACUCCCUUGGUAAACCCUGCCCAGCGGUCAAGGGCCACUUCCCUGGCACCCUCUUUCGCUUUCCUAUUCGGCAGAGCCCCUCCAAGAUCUCAGACAACAUCUACAGUGCACAACGGGUGCAGGAACUGCUGCGCUCAUUCUUAAAUGAUGCCCCCAUUUGCUUGCUGUUUCUCAGGAACAUCCAGAAAGUGACCCUGGGCAUUAUUGGGUCCGACGGUGCCAUCUGUGAGCUGCUAAAGGCUGAUGUCUCAACUCGUCCAUAUUGUGAGUCAAAUGCUGUUCAAGACAUGCAAAAAACAACCAAAACCAAUAGCUGCAUCAAAACACUUGCUUUACAAGGUAGUGGGGUUGCUAAAGCCACCAGCUGUGAGUGGCUCAUAUUGUCAGCAGAAGCAAAAAAAAAUGCUCUCCCGGGAUUGUGGGACCUGGCUGAGAAGGUGAGAUCCACACCAGCAUUAUCCUUGGCCUACUGUUUGCAGGACAGAUGCACCGGCCGCCUUAGCUGUGUCUUGCCUCUCCCAGCCACUGAGGAAAACGUCACUGGAUUGCCACUGCACAUCAGUGCUCCCUUUCAACUCACUGAUGACAGGAGGCAUGUGCAGUGGUCUGAGGAGGGGUCCCAGGCACGAGGGGCUGAGGGCCGUUGGAACCACUUACUGAUGGAGGAGGUACUGCCUGUUGCUUAUUGCCAAACGGUGGUGCUUGCCUCCUCCUGCCCUGGUGACCCAUAUGGGGCAUGGCCAAACCCAACUCAUAGCCAACAACUCCGGUACAAGCCUCUAGUAACUGAAAUAUGCCAGAGGUUAAGGAACAUGAAACUCUUGCUGAGGGUUGGAGAGGGGGACCCUCGCUUGCUCCAUCCUUCUGAAGCCAUCCUUUUGCCAAAGCCAGUCUUGGAUAAGCCCGUAGGCCCAGUGCUGGAGAAGGCCCUCCUUUUGGCAGGAUCACCACUGGCAGCAGCCCCUCCUCAUGUGCGUCAAGCCUUGGUAUUGGGUGCAAAAGAUGGGACAGUAGUACAGGAGGCCACAGCCAGGUUUGUGAGAGGGGCUCUGCAACAUGCUGCCAACAUCUGGAAUUGGCUCACAGAGUCUGAGAAAAAGUUGUUACUGGAAUAUUUGGUUGAAGAUGGAUGUUACCUGGAACUGAAGGAUCUGCCCCUACUUCCAACAGCCAAUGGGCACUACACCUGCUUUGGAGAUGCUGGAGAGACCGUAUUUGUUGAGAAUCCUGACUUUCCCAGAAUUCUUUUGCCUGGUUUGGCCAACCAAUUUCUUACCAAAGAUCUAACUCCUGUGUUGCUGAACCAUUUGCAAGAAAUUGCCAAAAAAGGGUUAUUCAAAAAUCUGGUCUCCUUGAAUCAAGCCAUCAUUGAGAAGAAUCUUCCCAGAGCUCUCCCGAAAGGUUGGGUCAGCAGCAAAUCUGUUCCUGUUAUUUGGAGGCCCAGUGCGUAUCCCAGCGAACCUCCCCUUGAGUGGAUUUCUGCUUUCUGGACUUUCCUGACACACCGUGCUUCUUCCCUGGAACCCUUUGAGGGAUGCCCGAUAAUACCACUGACGCCUCUGCACAAUUCUCUCAAUGGCAUUCAGUUGGCUCAACUUUUGCCCCAACCCACCCUCAUAUUCCAAAGGCAUAAUGGGCAAUGCUUGCCAGACGCAGUGGCUAAAAUUUUGGAAGUGUUGGGCUGCACUGUGAUCCAGAAGUGGGACUCCAGUUGGUCCCAUCACCAACUAAAAGAAUAUGUUCUGGAACCCACACCUAGCAAUGUCCUGCAAGUUUUUGUCCAUCUGGGGGUAGCAAAUGUAACAAACCACCUGACAUUUUUUCCCACCUGCCAGAUUGAAAGCUUGAGCGCUUUUCUCUCUACAGCUGUCUCAUUCUCUCAAAAAGAUAUCGGAGUCCUCACUAAAUUGCCACUCUUCUUCAAGAUGCCUUCUCUUCUUCCACCUUCCAAGGCAGCCUUGGUAUCAGCCCAGGAUUAUUUGGCUUUAGAAAAGACUUUGGUUCCACCAGUGCCUACAAAUCUCUUGACUCCGGAGCCUGUGCUCUUGUGUCGCAAUGAAGCUGAACGAAGCUUGCUCUUCAAAAUCCGCAGAAAGCUUCUGGGGACGCCGGAUCUGUGCUUGCUGUGUGUCCGAGCAAUGAAGAAGGGGUCCUAUGGAAAUCGGGCUGAGGAUGCCAAGCAAUUCAUGUUGUGGUUAUUGCGCAAUGGAGACACACUUUUUAGCCAGAGCCAAGAAUUACAAGCUUUGUGCCAUGAUCUUCCAUUUGUGGAUUGCGGAUCAACAGAAUUGCUCCGUCCCUGUCAUCUCUACGAUCCAGAGAACCGCACAUUGCUGGCUUUAUUAAGACCGAGCCACUUUCCCAAAGGGCCCUUUCAGGAGCAAGCAGUGCUGCGAAUCCUUCGUACGCUGGGUCUGAAAUCAGAUCUUAGUGCUGUCUCUCCAGCAGAUGCAAUAACUGCUGCAAGGGAAGUGGCUGUAAGUGAAACGGCAACUGCCAAGGCCAAAUCCCAGGCCCUUAUCCGGGUUUGCAAUGAGAGUCCUCUACUGUCACGCUUAUCUCCUGAGGUGCUGAAGCAGCUGAGGUCCUUGCCUUGGGUUCCUGCCAUCAAUUCCUCUAAGCUUGGGCCAGCUGGAGUCUUCCUAGCACCUGAAUCAAUUCGUUCAGUGAGGUAUGCAGGUCUUGUAGGACAGGUCAUGGGACUGACAGAUGCUUUUUCGGCCCACGCUGCAGAAGAAUUGGGCCUGGAACGCUUACCUCCUCCAGAAAAGGUGAUGGAAAACUUAGCUGACCUGGUACAAACCUAUUGCUCUAAAGAGACACCCCUGUUGACUGCAAAGUUGUGUAGCAUCUAUCAACACAUGCAACAGCAUCUCUUCGAUUUCCAGUAUCCACCCACAUACACUUCAGUGUGGAAUGGGAAGGGUUUCUCGUGGCCAACAGACGUGGUACUAACCUUUCCUAAUGAUUUGGACUUUGCACUCCUAAUGCCACAAGUUCCUCCGGAUUUCCAAGAGUACAGGCAGCUUUUUGCAAAAUGGGGUGUCCAGCAGUCACCCAGCGAGGAAGAUGUAGACCAGGCUCUUCAUAAGCUGGCACAACAAAUCAAUGCCAGACCAAACGGGGGUACGCAGGCUGAACUACUCCUCUUCGUAGCUGCCUUGGACUGGCUUAGCAAUCAAGGUUACCAUGGGGAAGAGGAAAUGCUUAUACCGGUGCAGAUCGUAGGUUUGGUUGGUUUUGCUCUUCGCCCUGCCAGUUCAGCACUGUAUUGUGACAUGGAUCGUGCCCGUCUUGCUGAUUUGGGUGGAGACCUACCCAUUUUGGUGCAUGAAGCAGUUUCUUCUGCCACAGCUGCUUUCUUUGGGGUGGAGAUGCUGAGUACCAAGUUGUCAGGCUUAGAACUGUUUGAGGCUUGGGGGCCUUCAGAGCCCAUCACUCUCCGGAUCCGUAACAUCCUUCGGGAGUACAGCCAGGAUGCUGACGUGUUUCAGGAACUGCUGCAGAAUGCUGAGGAUGCCGGUGCUCAGACUUGCCGCUUCUUAAUAGACCUCCGGCAGCAUGACGCUACUAAAGGACUUCUGGAUCCUGGCAUGGCUACUUGCCAAGGGCCAGCCCUUUGGGCCCAGAAUGAUGCACUGUUUACUGAGGCAGAUUUCUCCAACAUUAUCCAACUAGGUGCAGCCACCAAGGAGCACCAGGAGGACAAGAUUGGUCGCUUUGGCUUAGGUUUCUGCACUGUCUACCAUAUGACUGAUGUGCCUUUCCUUCUCAGUGGUCACACCGUCCUCAUCUUUGAUCCCAAUAUCACCCAUCUCCAAAAACAUAUCCGUGGUUCAGCCCGACCGGGCAUCCGUUUGAAUUUGACCUCCACAGUCGCCGCUUCAUUUCCAGAGCAAUUUUGGCCUUUCAGAGGAAUAUUUGGAUGUCGAAUUGGAGAGAAAUACCAAGGCACUCUGAUCCGUUUGCCUUUCCGCACUGAACAGGAGGCCAAAGAAUCUCAGAUCUGCCCUGAGCCGUUUGGACCCAGCCGGAUCAAAGGACUAGAAACUGGUUUCCAGGAGACGUCCCAGUACCUGCUGGUUUUCCUACAUAAUGUGCGGGAGGUAUCACUCUCCUACCUUGCACAGGGUUCCAGUUUUCCAGAUGUUGUGCAGCCACUGGCGACAGUAAGCCGAGAAGUACUGAAUGAGAUCGGCUUUCCCCUUAUACGAUUGAGAACAACUUGGCAAUCAGCUGUGACUAUCCACCAUUUUCUGCUCCAUGCAUGUUCAGCUGAUGGAGAAGCUGAGGAACUGUUCAGAAAGGGAAGAAAGGGAGGUAUCCAUUUCUUGCCUCCUUUUGCUAGGGUAGCCUUACCACUCCGCCCUAGUACCACCGUUGGAAGAUGGCUCCCGGAUAUACAUGGUUUUAAAGGCCGUGUCUUCUGUUUCUUACCUCUUCCCAUUGAAUCGGGUCUCCCACUGCAUCUCACAGCUCCCUUCGCCGUGCUUAGUAAUCGUAAAGGACUCUGGGAUACCACAGAAAAGGGCCAGUGGAAUAUAGCACUGCUACGAGAUUCAGUGACAGCUGCAUGGCUUGGGGCACUAACUCAGUUCCGAGACAUGUACAAACAAGAACUGCUGGAGGACUACAAGUAUUAUGAUUUUUGGCCUGAUAUAUACAGUACCAAGUAUCCUUUCACUGAAGCAGCCAAAGCCUUCUAUCAAGCACUAAUCGAUGGAGUAAACGGGGAGCAGCCAGUUCUCUUCUCUGAUGGACAAAAAUGGCGCCCACUUAAUCAUGCUUGCAUUUUGGAUGAUGAUAUCAUUUGCAAGAGGCAACUGAGUUCUAUAGCAGCGAGAGCCUUCUCGUUACUCUUACCAGAACCACAGAUUGCAGUUUCUCUUCCAGAGAAGGUUAAAUUGAGCUUCAAAACCUGGACCCCGAGAAACAGCUCAGUGCUAAACACUUAUAAUUGGGCACGGUUCCUUCAGGAGCUUGCUUUACCCAAUCUUGCUAAGCUUGCGGUGCCUGAUCGUAAUGCCCUGAUUCUUCGUGCCCUAGAUAUGAAUGAUGCCGGGGUGAAUGAGUGCCUGAAAUCCCUGCCUUGCAUUCCUGCUACUCCAGAUGAAACGCUGAAAACCAUUAAAGAACUUGUACACCCAGAGGGCCGUGUCGCACCUCUCUACUGUCCUGAAGAUGGCUGCUUUCCUAUGGUUGAAGAGUUUCUGAAGCCGGAGAGGCUUUUGCGCUUGGAACAUCUUGGCAUGACCAAAGAUUGGGUGGCAAUGGAAGAACUGAUAAGCCGAGCCCGAACUGUGGAAGCUUUGUGGCAUCAGAACCCCGACAAAGCAUGCCAGAGAGUCUGCUGUAUCUUGGGUCUCCUUGAUAGCCAUCUCCAGGAAAGUUCCAGAAAUACGACCCAGGUUUUGUUUAGGGAUAUUCCCUUUUUACCGGCAGUGCUUCCUGGGAAUAUGCAUAAAAUCUGCUGCCCCAGUGAGAUUUACUACCACAAGCUGAAUUCCUUGGUACAUUUGAUUGAACCAAUCCUGGACAAGGAAGCCCUUGGGGGAAACUCCAAGCUCUCUGAGGAGAUAAUGGAAUUCCUAGGAGUGAAAUGCAAACCAUCCGUAACUACAGUGCUAAAGCAACUGGAGAUAGCGUCCUUUUGUUCCAAUGCUCUCUCCAAAAAAAUGUUGGCUAAGAUAGCCCAAGAUUGCUAUGCUUUUCUCAAUGAUGUAGUCCGGAACAAGGAAAGUAGGGUAGAGAUAGCGCAAAAAGCACAGAUGUUCCCCUUCAUCCUGGUCAGUGUUGGCUUUGUGCCAGUAUGUAAAGUGUCUCACAAUCUGGCUUUUGACGCUAUUCCAUAUCUCUUCAAAUUGCCUGAGGAGUACUGGCAACAAAAGGAUCUGUGGAAGUGUAUCGGUCUACGUGACGUAUUUACCUUGGAUGAUUAUGCUUCUGUCCUGGAAGCCCUGGCUGAGGAUACAGCUGGACGGCCACUUUCUGUAGAAAAACUAGAAAUUGUACUUAGGUUGAUCACUGCAGGACUUGCUGGAGUUUUGCCAGAAAAUCAACAACUAGAUUCUUAUUUGUCCCAGAAAAUGUUUUUCCCAGACCAGGACAAAGUCCUACGACAAUUGCCUAAGCUGCUUUUUGAUGAUACUCCAUGGCUCCCACGUGAGAGUGGAAUACCGUUUUGCCAUAGUAUGAUUCCACGAGAAAUUGCUGUGCGCUGCAGCAUAUCGACCAAAAAGCACCGUAUACUGUCCAAGCAACGGAUUCAGAAACUUUCUCUUUGGGGCACAGAUUUUGGAGCUAAGGAGGACUCGUGUACCCGCCUGUCUAACAUCCUUCAGGAAUAUCCCUCUUCACAGGAUGUGCUGAAAGAGCUGCUGCAGAAUGCUGACGAUGCUGGUGCGAGUGUCAUCCAUUUCCUUUGGGAUCGCCGCCAGCAUCCAACAGAGCGUGUUUUCAGUGAUGAAUGGAAGUCUCUUCAAGGACCAGCCCUCUGCAUCUAUAACAACCAGACCUUCCAAAUGAGCGAUAUUGAGGGGAUCCAGCGCUUAGGCCAUGGUGGCAAAAGAGGAAGGCGGGAUGCUACAGGAAAAUACGGUCUGGGAUUCAACACUGUUUACCAUUUGACAGAUUGCCCUGCAUUUGUCACAGGGGAUAGAACACUGUGUGUCUUUGACCCCACAUUGCGUUAUCUCCCAGAGUCUGAUGAGAUCUCACCUGGCGCAAAGUACAACCUCACAAAAGAUUUCAGAGAGGCCUUUUUGAAUGUUUAUGACACCUUUUUGCCUGAUGUGUUUGAAUUGGAACAGGGCACACUUUUCCGGUUGCCCCUGCGUACUCCUGCAGGGGAGAACCCCUCUCCUAUUUGUCAGAAAUCUGUGUCUGAGAUAGAUAUGGAGAAUAUGUUGGAAGCUCUUAAAGAAGAUGCAGAAUGCCUCAUGAUGUUCCUCAAUCACAUUCGCACUGUAAUUUUCUCUGUUAUGGGUGAGGAAGACAGGAAACCCAAAGAGUUGUUGCGGGUUGAAACUGAAGGAGGGGAGCCUGGAAGGCUGGAGUACCAGAAACAUCUACAGCAGGCAGCUGCAGCAGGAGGCCUGGAGAUGAGCAAACCAGUAACCGUCUUCUACAAAAUGAAGGUCAGCACUAAUCUCUUGCGUGAUCCCAGCAUCUGGUGGGUUGGAAGGCAAAUUGGAAUGGACAGCACAGAGACCAUAGAGGGCAUGCUACUGCCUUAUGGUGGUGUGGCUGUUUGUCUUAAUAGACAAGUGUGUGGGAAGGCUUUCUGCACAUUGCCCCUGCCAGGAAGGACAGGCCUUCCCAUCCAUGUCAAUGGGAACUUUGAUGUGGAUUCAGCUCGGCGUGACUUGCGGAAGUAUAGCGGUGAAGGGGAUGUCAAUUCAAUCUGGAAUAGGUUACUCAUGCAAUAUCUGCUGGCCCCUUUAUAUGGCCAGUUACUUAAAAACCUGUGCCAGACACUGGGGAGGGAACCACUGAAAUUCCAUACUCUGCAGAAAUGCCAUGAUCAAUUUGCUUGCAAGUAUUUGCAAUAUUUCCCAAUUGUGACCAAAGAUGUAUCCCCUGUUUGGCAGCAGCUGGUAACCCAUCUGUAUAAACUGAUGCAUAAAGACCAGCUCCCAUUGUUGCCAGUUUAUCAGAAAAAUGUUAAUUACAAAAAUGCCUGUAGAAUUGAAACAAUAAGUGUGUGUUGGAGUGCACCCAAAGAAGAGCAUUCCACCAGAGGCCCCUAUUUUCUGAAGAAUACAAUAGAGGAUAAAAUUCUUGAGCGCACUCUUCAGGAGCUGGGUAUGAGCUUGGUCCCUGCCUUUGAACAACUACAAGAGAUACAUGAGCAAUUUGUCAUGGCGGAAAUGGAUGUACUGACUCUCGAUUCUCCUUCCCUCUGUCAGUUUUUGAAAAGUCUGCUCAACUUCUUACCAUGCUCACUAAAUCAAACUCCUGUAAAGAAUCGUUCCAAUUGCUUUGCUCUCCUAACCUUCUCUCUCAGUGGACUGUGUUCUGAUGAUGUGAAUUGCGUGGAAGGACUUCCAUUACUGUUGACCAAUGAUAAUGUGCUGAGAUAUUUCAGCCAACAAGAACCUGUUUAUCAGAAGAGCAGUGCUUCUGACCUUUUCCCACAUCGUCAGCAUUGUUUUUCUGCCUUUGCAGAUUACAAUCUAAAUCAGCUUCUAUUAGAAAUGGAAUUCCUGAAGAAGUUUACUUUAGAUGAAUCUGUGGCUUACAUACAAGAGAUGUUGACACUGGAUAGCUGGGGCAACGAUAGCAAACGCCGGAAGAGCUGGUUAGGGGAAGUGUGGAAGUUCUUUGAAAGUCAUAUCUGCGUGACACAGAAUCAGGAAAAAAGGAACGAGCUAUUUGCAAAGCUCAUUUCCCUCUUCAAAGGAUGCACUCUGCUCCCUGUCUAUGGUUCCAGUAUGUUGAUUCCUCUUGAAUCCCUUGGUACGUUGAUACCUAAUAACUUAAGCCCAGUUUGUGAAAUUCUUGAUAAGCUGGGCUUUGCCAAAUUAGAUAAGUCCCUGUUGCCUCCAGAGUUGACUGCAUACUGCAUCAAUCCAGAGCUGCUGAAGAUCGAAGACCCUAUAGUAGUGCUGGAGCAACUGUCUACCCACAGUAGCCUAUGCUGGAAUAAACUCGAUCCAUUUGAUUAUGAUUUAUUCUUGAGGUUUCUCUGUGAGGAUCUGGAAAAGUUAAAUAAUCAAGCAUUAUUAGCAAAACUGAAAGCUUUGCCUGUCUUUGAGACAUAUCAAGAAAAACAUGUAUCACUAGUUUCAUAUGAUAAGGUCUAUCGUCUGGUAUCCAAAAAUCCAAAGCUCUGUGAGAACUUUUUGGAACUUUAUGAAAUGGAUGCAAGGACUGUUUUACUCAAGGACACCUAUUGGAAUCAAAGGUUGAGCAAGUGCUUUGGUUUUGGAGAAAUGAAUGAUUUGCAACAGUUUAUGCUACUUUUACCUCGGAUACCCAGUCUUCCUGAGGCUAAAGUACUGGAAGCCUUGAAGUUACUCUUCAACAUCAUGUCACACUAUGAUGAAGAGUAUGAGACCCAGAAAGCAGUUGUGGUGUCAACAUUCAAGUCCUUUGCCUUCAUUCGGGAUGAGAAGAAUGUGCUGCGUCUUGUAUCAUACUUCUAUCAGGACAAUACAAUUUUCCAAGAGUUGGGAUUGAGCUCUCGAUUUGUACCAGAGAAAUUCUAUGGUUCAAUGCGUCCAAUCAAAAAGUGGGAAGUGAACAUGUUUUUAUUAGAUGUGGGUUUGCAGAAGGUGAUUUCUGAGGAAGAUUUUUUGAAAUGUGCUACCCAGGUUGAACGAGAGGCAUUCAGCAGCGGUUCCACUUCUGAAAAUGUCCGAGGAAAAAGUAAAGCACUCUUGGAAUAUCUGUUUUCCAGAGCAAAAGAUGAACUGUCUAAUUCCUUCUGGGCAAAAUUGUCCAAGAUCCGUUUCCUUGUACCACGUCUCCUCCCUGAUAAACUGUGUAGCCUUCAUUUGCCAUAUGUCCCUUGCAGAGCUCCAGUGGCACCCCGAGGUUCUUUGUACUGUUCAAAAAAUGUUGCUCUCUUUUGGACUUCAGCAGUUGCUUUCUCUUUUAAUGACUAUGUUGGAGACGAAGGUAGGGAUGUUUUAAAAAAACUUGGAGUGAUAUGCACAGUACCUACUGAAGUGGUGUUGGAAAAUUUGAGCAAUGUCUGUCAAGUAACCUGUGAUACCCUAGAAAAUAAGAAAACUCGGGCAGAAGUUCUAAAAUGCACGUACAGAUUCCUGUCAGAACAGGAAGAAAUAGAUGUGAAUUCCCUUAAAGGCCUUCCUGUGAUACUGACAGAUGAUAAUGAAGUAGCUGAGGCAGAAAAUGUGGUGGUCCAUUUGCAGCACUCAAAUGACUUUCGGCCAUACCUGUACAUGCUGCCAUCCAAGUUAGGGGUAUAUAUAGAUGUCUUUGAAAAGUUCGGAGUGCAGACUGAGCCAACCAUCUAUCAUUAUGCCAGUGUUCUGGCCAGGAUCCAAGAAGAGACUACAGAACGGAUGAAACUGCAGGCCAAUCUUACUAAAGCAGUGCUCAGGGCCACUCAGUUUCUCUUCCAUCUGUUGGAAGAAACAAAGGAGUCAGUGGAUUUCUCAAAGCUGCAAGAACUUUAUCUCCCUUGCAUUGAUGGGAAGCUAUAUCCAUCAAACACUUUAGUAUUUAGUUUCUACCAAUCUGGACAAGAACCCCUUGCUUUGAAAAAUACACUUCGCUUUCUGGUUGAUCUCUCUGAAUGUUCCAUAUCAGUGGACAAGUAUAAGCAGUGGAAACUUCUGCGCUUGCUACCUGAAAAUCUGCGCCCCAAGUAUUUCAAUAAUAUUGUUGAAGAACAACUAGAGGAGUCCUCUCUGAAACUGUGCAUGUAUCGAGAAUAUUGUGAGUUUCAGAACAGUCUCAAAGAACUUCUGGUUUCUCUUGAUUUCCAGAAUGCGCUGAUUGCGCUACUGAAAUGGCAGAGUAAAACAGAGGAGAUAGAAGACAUAAAUGAGGGACUCUUUUCUCCAGAUCAGCUAGAAGUGGUGUGCUGUGAAAAGCUCUGCAUUGUAAUGGUCUACAAGUUGCAACUUUUAGAGGAAACUGAAUGUGUCAAGACAGUGCAUGUCGCAACAAUGCCAGAUGGCAAGACAAAGAUUUACCUUACUCACCAGGAAAGCAUGAGUCGGCAAGAGGGAAUACAUAUUUUCUCAACUCUAGCCAUUGAAGUUAAUAAGCUUUUGGGAGAAAGACUUCAGCCAGAAGCUAUGGGGAUCCUCAUGGAGAUUCUAGCUUGCGAAAGACCUAAAGAUACUGCUGGAGUCCUAGAGAAACGCAGAGUGCCCCUGUAUCAGCAGGGAAACCUAAAUGCUUAUGACCUUCCUCCUCCAGGAGAAGACAUCCCUGAGGAAUGGUAUGACAGUCUGGAUAUGAGCAUUUUGCAUACCUUUAUGAAAGGAGAUUAUGUGGGCUAUCUGGAUUCUUCCCAGCCCAAGGAGCAUUACCUGUAUGCUGUUGUCCUUGAAGUACUUGAGUCACAGAAGAAUGGUGCUGGUCAAAUACACACAUAUCGUAUUGACUUGGGAGGAGGUCGGCAAGAAGAAGUGACUGCUUAUGACUUGUACCAUUUCAAGAGAAAUAAGCCAGUCUCCGAUUCAAAUAAAAUGGUAGUGCUGGCCGCAGUUUCCGCUGAUGCUGCCCAAGUGGUAAGACCAGAUAUUAAUGAGUAUUGGCAUCACCGGCCACUGAGCGAGGUGAAGAAAGAGAUAGAUGCGUGCCUAGAUCAAGUUUGGAGACUUUCAGAAGAGGAAAAGAAGAAAGCCCUUAGAAGAUUGUAUCUGUGUUACCACCCAGAUAAAAAUCUUGGCCAGGAAGAUUCUGCUAAUGAACUCUUCAAGUAUCUUAAAGAAAAGAUCAAGGAGAUGGAGAAGGGAAUGAGGUCAAAUGGCUCCUGUGGAGGAUCCAAAAGUAGCAAUUCCUAUCACAGAAACUUCUCAGACUGUUGGAGUGAAUGGGAUCGGCAAGCUCAUCAGCAUCAACAGAGGCACUAUGAAUUUACCAGAGGUGGUGGUGGAGGAGGAGGAGGAGGCAGUUACAAUUUCUGGUCAUACCAUCGAUGUGGACCAAACUCUUCAAGAUCACAACCAAAUCACUGUUUCCUGGAAGCAAAGCGUUGGCUCCGGCAAGCAGAAUGUGAUCUGAAGGUAGCAGAAAGCAUUGCUGGAAAUGGCAGCACUGAAUGGCUGCUGUACAUGACUUUCCGGGCUAUGGAGAAGACUCUGACAGCAGUUGAGUACAACCAGGGAGGUGGCUUUGAGAGGAAUCUCUCUCUUGCAAAGCUGGCUGAUAAGGCAGCAUCGUAUGGAUGUGAGCUGGCUAAACUUCCUGAGCAGAUAGAUGUGCUCAGGGAACACGGCGUGGAUGACAAGAUAACACAGUAUCCCAAAUAUCACACUUUACCCACCAUUCCUAAUGAGGCCUUUUCUGCCUGCAAAGAGCAGGAUGUGCUAUUGUCAGCUUGGGAGAUCUUAAACGUGGUAAAGAGAUGGCUUGGCCUCUAAACAACCUCCCCCCCUGUAAAUAUUAGAAGCUGGGAGAUAUAUAAUGCAGCAGUACUUGUAAAGACAUCUUGCAGAUAGAUGCUUUAAAAUGAGAAAAGUUGUUCACUUGAAAAAAAGUAGCCUCACAGAACCUGUAUUAUUUGUAGAUGAUAAAAUAAUAGGGUGCCUAUGAAAACAGUAUGCAUAUUCUUUAAUAUGGACAUUCCAUUUUUUUGUCUUUUGAUAAGUUGCUUUAAUAUAGUUGGCUUUCUUAAAUAACCCGAAUACCCAAUAACUACUGUAGAAGAAAUAGUGUUUUUCCCAAUGGAUGUGCUUACUAAAAUUGUUGUGACUAAAUGAGUAUGUGCCAUCAAGUUGGUGUUGAUUCUUCAUGUGAAAAUAAAAAUUUUCCCAUGAUCUGUC